CAGAUAAAUGUGCUCUCUCUCUCUCUCUCUCUCCCUUCCUUUUAUAGGGUUUCUCGUUGCAUAGUCUCUUUUCCACUGAUAAUUAUGUUUGCUGCGGCUGUGGUGUGUGUAAAUCAAUGUUAGUCCGUCGAACGUCAAAUCGCCCUCAGUGAAGAACAUGUUUACAGUACUUAAGUAAUAACAAGGUGAUAUCGUAGGUGUUAAUAACCUGUUGCCGAAGUUAAGCUUAGAGAUGAUUGGAUAUGGCCUAACCCUUAACGUUAGAGCUUGGAAGCUCUCUCAUCUGAGAAUAGCCCCUUUAUUGACUGUAAACAAACGAACAUACUUUUCGGGCCUUUCUGAAGAGCAUCGUAUGCUGCAGAAGACUUGUCGUGAUUUUGCUGAAAAAAAAAUCAAACCCGAGGCCGCAUACAAUGACGAGCACAAGAUCUAUCCAAAGGAAGUCAUAAAAAAACUUGGAGAACUUGGGCUAAUGAGUAUCUUCGUUCCCCAAGAAAUGGGUGGUUCGGGGCUUGAUACCCUUUCGUACGCUAUUGCUAUAGAAGAGAUAGCGAAGGCUUGUGCUGGAACAGCAGUAUGCGUGUCGGUAAACCACCUCUUCCUUAGAGUCGUGUCCAAAUUUGGCUCUCCUGAACAGAUCAAGAAGUUCGUGACACCUUUCACGGCCGGAGAUCGUAUUGCUUGCUAUGCUCUCUCCGAACCUGGUAAUGGUAGUGAUGCAGCUGGUAUUUCAACUACAGCAACACGAAAGGGAGAUAAGAUAAUUCUGAAUGGGACGAAAGCAUGGGUCACGAACGCGAAGGAAGGCGAGGCCGUGUGUGUGUUCGCUACAACGGACCGUACAAAACGACAUAAAGGCAUUGGUUGCUACCUUGUUCCUAUGCCCAUUGACGGGCUUGCUAGGCCUAAAUUUGAAAACAAGUUGGGCGUUCGAGCUUCAUCGACUGGCCAGCUGGUUUUCGAGGACGUCGAAAUUCCGGUUGAAUAUCAACUGGGGAAGGACCAUGAAGGAUUUAAGAUAGCGAUGAGCGCUCUUGACGGCGGGAGAAUCGGUAUUGCUAGCCAGGCACUCGGUAUCGGUCAAGCUGCUCUGGACUUAGCGAUACAAUACUCGCAAGAGCGAAUAUGCUUCGGCCAAAAGAUAUCCCAACUGCAGGCCAUCCAAUUCAAGUUAGCUGAUAUGGAAACUAAAAUGAACGCUGCUAGAUUGUUGACAUGGCAUGCUGCGUGGCUAAUGGACCAAGGCCUUCCAUUUGGAAAAGCGGCCUCCAUGGCCAAACUUAGUGCAUCUGAGACCGCGAACUUUUGUGCGUACCAAGCUGUUCAAAUUCUCGGUGGGAUGGGAUACGUCAAGGAUAUGGCUGCCGAACGUUACUUCCGUGAUGCCAGAAUCACUGAAAUCUACGAAGGAACGUCAGAAAUCCAACGGAUUGUUAUAGCUAGCCAUCUUCUUAAAGAGCACGCAAAUUAAUGCGAAACCUAACCAGGCUCUUUUUUCCAGAAUUACUGGUUAAUAUUUUUGCAGUUGGAGUCACGGAUUUCAUAUAGUGUGGGCUAUAUGGAAGCCAAAGUUCUGAGGCCUUUGUCAAGCAAAGCAUUCACUGAGCGAUGCUGAAACCAUUUGCUGAUUAAAUAUUUAUGGAGGAUAUGCUUGUUCAACUGAAGAUGAUGGUUAUUUUUGUGCAUUAAAUUAGUGCGUAAUUGACCAAACAACUCAUUUGUAUUUCAAGUUUCAAAUUCAAAGCUCAAUGCCCUUGCAUAAUUGUAUAAAGGUGUACAGCAGGUACUCCUUAAAAAUAUGCAUUUCAUCUCCCAGACUUUUAUUCCUGUUUUAAAGUCAGUCGUGUCCAUCAACAGCGUUCCAAUUGUUUUGCAGAGGUUUCAGUUUAUACUUUUGAUACGUUUGCGGGAGACUUGUCUUUAUAAGGAGUAUAUGGUACACUAGGAUUUUUGCCAAUCUGAUCUAGUGAUUAAGCAGCCCAUCGUAACCGUUAUGGAAUCAUUUUUUAUCGACGAAAUAGGAAUUGAACAGUGUCCUAUCUUACAGUACAUUUUAUUAAAAAUCUAUAUUCUAUUGCAGCAAUGAAUCAAGCUACAUUAGACAGAAUUAUAUUUAAAGCGGCCCAUUUUCGGCUGCGCAAUUCACUCAGACAAGCUUUCUCAAUGAUAAAAAUGACAUUCUUUUUUUCGUAGAGUAUAAACGACAACAACUGUUAAUCAGAAGUCAGUAGUGUCUUAAAUAUAGAAAUACGGAAGUCUUUGUUGAGAAAAGUUAUCAGGUUCAAUUGGAAUUGCUCGUAAAUGGGACAGAUUGAGGAUGGUGGUAUUUACUUGACGUGUAAUUCGCUCGUUUUAAGCGCGUG